UAGCUCGCUUAAAAGCAUCUACUUCAACAUGUUAACUAAUCUUUUUUAUGAUUAUUAGACUCUUAAUUUUGAUGAUAACCACUCUCUCUGUGUGUUUAUACAUGCAAACAAGAACAUUUUGCUCUUAAUUUAUUACAAAAUAUUGGGGGGGAGAAGUUGUGCCUGUGAAUCCCCCCCUGCCCGCUCUGUGCCCGCUGUUUGGCUUAACUUGGUACUGAAAGCAGGUGUGGACGUAUCCGGUAUAUUGUCUGUGAGUGUGCUGUUAAUGAGUGUGUGUAAAAUAAGAGGCUUAUUUUACUUCCUGUUAACAUCGAAGGGUGCGAGCAUAGGUCUUGUAGUAAUUUUUCCUUUGUGCGUGUGAGUUCAGUGAACGGGAACCCUGACGAUACUUCCAGACGUACACCCCCACGCUUGUAAGAUCCUGUUCAGUAAAGCUGAACACGUAUGUGGUGCAGUUAGUUGUUAAGUAGACCUGCUUGAAAAUACGCUUUCUUGAAGUAUUAGAAAAGAAUCUCAAAUUAGCUCUGUUGUUUUUAGCCUUCUCUUCUCCCCGCCCCCCCCUUGAAAUUGUGGAGUUUUUAAUAAUGCACGUUAAUACUGUUGUUGGUCUAUGUCAACAUCUAGCUUAUUACCCGCUUUUGUAUUGCUGUGUCAGAACACUGCUUCUGCGGUGCAAGUGGUUUUCCUAUACGGCAGCUGCUGUUGAGGUUGCCGGUCUGUGGGGAGAAAGAUGCCGCCAAUUGUAUUGUUUCUUCUGACAUCUUAAAUUGCAACAAGAUAAGAGCAGUGGAAGAUAAGCGCUUGAGUGUUUUUUGCUUCCUCUUCAGUGAGCGUAUGCAAUUUUUUUUUUUUAAUUGCGCUUUUAUUAAACUAGUAGGAUGCACACCACACAGAAAUGCUUAGCUGCCAGCGCUCUGAGACUCACUGACAUCUUUCUUGCUGGUGUUCUUGGUGUUACAGAUUUACAGGCUGAGCACAAAUAGGUGUCAAACUCUGGCGGCUGGAGCUUUCUUGCCAGGUUCUGAGCCACGGCUCCACAGCAAACCAGUCUGAUCGUAUCUGUAGGAACAAUCAUGGGUCGCGUAGCCAUGAGCAAAUAAUGGUUUGGACACCUUAUGUCAAGAGUGAAGGCUUCCUUCACUCCCUCACCCCAUGAUUUCUGGCUAUCAAGUUUGGGGAAAAGGUGCAUUUAGACAACUCCUUGGGUUUUUAUGUGGGAUUUUUAAAUGGUUGCAGUUAUUGCAGUGCAUAAGAAUAAAACCAGACUCAUUUCAAUAACUUUGUGUUCCUGUAUCUCAGAGAACUUGGACUGGAUUCUUGAUAGGCUGCACAUAAAUUGUGUAGCAACUAGUGUUCUGUCGGUAGGUCUCUAGCAGCAGUAGCUGCUUCUGACUUGUAAUUUUCUCACUUCAAACUGGCUUUUCUUUAUGUUAGUAACUACAUUCAGUAACUAGUGAGUAAAACAGCAAAAGGACGGGAUACUGUUAGUUUUAUGGAUUCCACUUGAAAGGCACGCGUGUCCGCAAAUAUAGCUAAAAUUAUACUUUUAAAGACACUUUUAAUCACUCUCUGUUUUGGACUUAAACUAUAGGCAUCUAAUUAGUGGCAUCUGACACUAGUAGGCUCUCAUUAGAGCUUCAUUCUUAAAAGCUACCUUUAAGAAGCCCUGUUCUGUGGAAAAGUUAAUAACGGUUCAUGCUUCAUAGUCAUAAUCAGAAUGUGAAUGCCGAUACAUCAAGAAAAGAGGGCUUUUGCUUCAUAAAGACUGUUGGACCAUGAAAGUUGAAAUGCAGGUUUCCUUCUCGCUCAUACUGGGUGACGUAGGUUACGGACGGGGUUGUGAAUCAUUCUCCUUUCCUCAUUGUUUCCUCACCUGUCUGGAAAGAAUACUAGGAGCUUUCGACUUGAAAUAGAGGUUGCUUUGCAUGUGGAAUGGAAAAUGGAUUCCGAGUUUAUAAUGCAGAUCCACUCAAAGAAAAAGAGAAACAAGAAUUUCUAGAAGGUGGUGUUGGCCAUGUCGAAAUGUUGUUUCGUUGCAACUACUUAGCGCUAGUAGGUGGAGGAAAAAAGCCGAAGUACCCACCCAACAAAGUAAUGAUCUGGGAUGACCUGAAAAAGAAGACCGUCAUUGAGAUAGAAUUUUCUACAGAAGUCAAAGCAGUUAAACUGCGAAGAGAUAGAAUUGUGGUAGUUCUGGACUCGAUGAUUAAAGUUUUCACAUUCACACACAAUCCCCACCAGCUGCACGUCUUUGAAACCUGCUACAACCCUAAAGGUCUCUGUGUCCUUUGUCCAAAUAGUAAUAAUUCUCUCCUUGCGUUUCCUGGAACACAUACUGGGCACGUGCAGAUAGUGGAUCUGGCUAAUACAGAAAAGCCUCCUGUAGACAUACCGGCUCAUGAAGGUGUCUUGAGCUGUAUAGCUUUAAACCUGCAGGGAACAAGAAUUGCAACAGCAUCAGAAAAAGGGACCCUCAUAAGAAUAUUUGAUACUUCAUCAGGGCAUUUAAUCCAGGAGCUACGAAGAGGAUCACAGGCAGCCAAUAUAUACUGCAUUAACUUCAAUCAGGACGCUUCCCUAAUCUGUGUAUCCAGUGACCAUGGCACAGUACAUAUUUUUGCUGCAGAGGACCCCAAAAGAAAUAAACAGUCAAGCUUGGCCUCUGCCAGCUUUCUCCCCAAAUACUUCAGUUCCAAAUGGAGUUUUUCCAAAUUUCAGGUUCCCUCCGGCUCUCCGUGCAUUUGUGCCUUUGGAACAGAGCCAAAUGCUGUCAUAGCAAUAUGUGCAGAUGGCAGCUACUACAAGUUCUUAUUCAACCAAAAAGGGGAAUGCUCAAGGGAUGUCUAUGCUCAGUUUCUAGAAAUGACUGAUGACAAGCUUUGACUGAGUUGAGGGAGUGCAUGGGUCACAGUACUGCCUUGGCUAUUCUGCAUCUUUGGAAGGACAGUGUAUGAAUGUCCAAUACCGAUCAAGAAGUUUAGCAGACCUCACUGAGAAGCCUGGCCCAACAUGAUCAGAACAAGCUCUGAAAUAGUGGACUACGUAUGUUUAUUCUCAUUUCUGCAAGCAUUCAUCAUUAAAAAAUCUCUUUGGGUUACUGUCAUCAACUCAAGUUUUCAAGACAUGGCUUUCAACAAGCUUGUGCCUAUUGGGUUUCUCUUAAUCUAAACUGUGAAACAACUUUAGGUUAAACAUGAGUGCCUGCCACACUAAGAGAUCUGCUGGGGGGGGGGGGGGGGUAAAAAUGUCAGGACUAGCCUUAGAAAAAGAGAUAUGAAAACAGAAGAUUUUAGGCGUUGCUUUACUUCCACUGAGCUGCUGAGAGAGUGGGGAAUACACAAAUCCGAGUGAGCUAAAUCCAGCAGCCUGGCUAGGAGCGGGAGUACUGGUUUUCCCCCGACCAUAUCCUAGCGUUACAGAGGAGAAGAGAUGACUAGCCUAUAGCCAUAGGAAACUGUAGCUUGAGCCAUGCUUGUCCUCUGAUCUGGUGCGUGGGGUUCGGUGGUGGUAGUCCUGGGGCCGCAGGCUGCUGCCUGUGUAUACACACUGAUGUUGGUUCAGUUGAAUGAUCAGCACUAAUUGUCAAAGGUGCCAAACUGUAUAGAGCAGAAGGCGGCGCGUUGAGGCACUCGUUGACCUAAGUAAACACUACUCAGUGUAUGAAGUAAGCACACAGGAUACUUGGGCAAGUGAGACUUCUGUAUUUGAAAAGAGGUGUGAUUCCUUCUGUAAUGAAACAGCCAUUCCAGGUUGAGAAGCCACCCUCAGUGCUGGUGUGACAACUGCAGCGACUGCUUCAAAAACUGCUGUGCUUCAACAGGAAGACGUGACAGGCCACGUACCCAUCCAGCACAACACAUGAACCAGGUGGCAUGAAGUAUACGCCUCUGCAAUGGCUUUAAACUCGCAAACUUUUUUCUUUGAAGUGUCACAUACAUACAAAGUAUUGUUGGUCUAGGGGCAGUUAGGUUAGAUUAAACCAACCGACUUGUAAACUUUUUUUCUCAGAAUUGUUUUACGGCAAUUAAUAGUUACUGCUGAACUAAGGCACACGAUGCUAAACUAGAACCUGAAAUGGACACAAGCGCUCCGUCAACAGCACUAAAUAGCUGGGGGAGGGAAGUCUUGCUCUUCUGAAAUUUAAUUUCACAGAUGCUUCAAAUCUGACAUCCCAGUUCACUCUACGAUUGUUUAGCUGCAAACUCUCUAAAGUUGACAAGUUUCUUUUAGUGUCACAUAACAUACUAAGGACUAACUUCUACGCAGAUUUUGACGUCAAGUUUGCAUGUUGCUUUUAUGUGUACUUAAUCACAGAAAUUGUUUUGCACACUUAUUUGUAAUAUGUUAUUUCUUUUAAAUAAAAGUGACUAAUUUUGCUGUA